AUGACCCUCAGGGCCAUAAGCGGCUUCCGCGACGUGGCCACGGAGACGGCGGGCGUGUUGGCAGGGAUACCACCCUUGGCCCUUCUCGCGGAAAUGUACUCGGCGCAAUAUUCUUGCCGAGUCGAACUCCUGCGAGAGGACCUAGCGGACAACACCUUGCGGGAGGCCCUCGCUGACUCGGAGCGCCAGGCCCGACGGCAGCUGCUCCUACGCUGGGGGCAGGACCUGGACGAACCGCGUGCGGCCGUCCAGGAAGUCGUCGCGGUCGUCCGACCCCAUCUCGAGGCAUGGUUAGAGAACGGGGUCGGACGCCUCAUUUAUCGGGUGACUCAGGUGCUCACCGGGCACGGCUGCUUCGGGGAGUACCUGAGUCGCAUUGGCAAAGAGCUAACGGCACGGUGCCACUNGUGUGGGGCGGCCAGCGACUCGGUGGAGCACACCGUGGAAGAGUGUCCACGGUGGGCUCAGGAACGCCNAGAGAUGGCCGCCAAGAUUGGAGAAGAUUUGUUCCUGGAGGGACUGCUGAAAGCACUGUCCUCCAAGGACAACGAGCGACGAUCACUAGAACAACUUUUACUCUUUCUUGAAGAAGGUGGUUAUUUAUUAUCGCGUGAAAAACAUGACGUAACAGAAGUAACAGAAUCUUAUCAACAAUAUGGAUUAAAUGUUAUUCUUGAAAAACGUACUGAAAAAGAAAUAAUCGUGCUUCUAAAAAAACGAAUUACAAUCAAAGAAACAACUGUUGUUUAUAUUAACAAUAAUAACUUUGAAUGGGUGGAAAACUUGAAGCUAUUUAUAGACGAAAAGGAAACAUUUAAUCAGAACAAAAGAAUUGUAGUUGUUAGUGAAAGCGAUUUUGAGUGCAGUUUAUUGGGCUUUGUUAAUUGCUUGAGAAAAGAGCCUGGUAGCGAGCUCGUUAGAGGUGUGUUUAUUCAAGACGAGACUGCUCCAAAAUUUUCUUUGCAAGAUCCCUUCUAUGCGCAACAGUUGCAGAAAGAUAUGACAGUCAAUAUUUUGCGACCUAAUAAAACUUGGGGUUCUUAUCGACAUUUCUGUUUGCCAGCUCCGGAACCCGCAUUUGUUCCUGUUGCUUACGUGUGUCAAACGGAUCGUGGUAACCUAAAUACUUUUUGUUGGAUAGAGAAUGAUAUAUUCAUCGACUCUCAUUGUGAUGAUUUAGUACGUGUAGUUUAUUCGUCCAUCAAUUUUAGAGAUGUAAUGUUGGCAACAGGAAAAUUAACUACUUUAGGCAUCGAAGAGCAAUUCGAAAAUAUGUCUCUUGGAUUGGAAUACGUAGGAUUUGAUGCCAAAGGACAACGAGUAAUGGAAGUACGCAACAAUAAGUGCAUCGCAAAUGUCGUUUUGAAAAGUGAUUUACAAUGGGUCAUACCAGAUACUUGGACAUUCGAAGAGGCGGCUACGGUUCCUUGUGUAUACAGCACGUCGUAUUAUGCUUUAUAUAUUAAAGGAAAAAUGAAAAAGGGUGAUAAAGUACUUAUUCAUUCUGGUUCCGGUGGCGUUGGACAGUCAGCAAUUUAUCUUGCCUUACGUGAAAAAUGCGAAAUAUUUACUACAGUAGGCACUGCUGAAAAAAGACGAUUUAUCCGAGAAAUGUUUCCGGCUAUUCCCGACAAUCACAUUGGGACUUCGCGCGACAUUAGUUUCAAAGAGAUGAUUAUGCGCCAGACAAACGGUCGCGGUGUUGACAUAGUGCUAAAUUCAUCGGCGGAAGAAAAACUUAUAGCGUCUGUUCGUUGUUUAGCGCAAAACGGUCGUUUCUUGGAAAUCGGAAAGUUCGACUUUGUGUCAAACAAUCUUUUAGACCUAUCAUUAUUUAGAAAAGGAAUUUCUUUUUACGGUGUUUUAUUAGAUUUAAUUUUACAAAGAGAAAAACACAAUCACAAGACCGAGUUACUGAAAUUAAUGGCUGAUGGUCUUAAGAAUGGUGCUAUCAAACCCAUAAAAGCUAAAAUUUUCCAAAAAACAGAAAUCGAAAAAGCCUUUAGAUACAUGACAAGUGGAAAACACAUAGGAAAGAUAAUUUUGAAUAUUCAAGAGACAGACAAAUGUCUUGUAAAUGCGCCGAUCAUCGCACAUCGUCGUUACUAUUGUCGUAACGAUAGAACUUACAUCAUACUUGGCGGUCUAGGUGGCUUUGGAUUGGAAUUGACCGAAUGGCUGAUAUCCCGGGGUGCGAGAAAUGUCGUGUUAACUUCAAGAAGCGGAAUAAAAACUGGUUAUCAACGCCUAAAGGUCUCGUUAUGGAGAUCUUACGGCGUAAACGUAACGAUUGUUAAAAAUAAUGAUANUAUCAAUCCUAUANAUUNUGAACAUCUUUUGCUAAGUNCAGAAAAAGAAGCACCUGUAGAUGCUAUAUUUAAUCUUGCUGUUGUUUUGAAAGAUAACGUUUUAAAGAAUCAAACUAUCGAGAGUUUCGUAGAAUCUUUCAAAGCUAAAGCCUGGCCGACACUGAUGUUGGAUAAACUGUCUAGAAAAAUUUGCCCUAAACUUCAACAUUUUGUUGUGUUCUCUUCAGUUUCCUGUGGCAGAGGAAACGCUGGUCAAACUAAUUACGGUAUAGCUAAUUUCGUGAUGGAAAGGAUAUGCGAAAAAAGAGUAAAAGAUGGAUUUCCUGGUUUAGCGAUACAGUGGGGAGCUAUAGGUGAUGUAGAUCUUGUUGCUGACAUGCAGGAGAACGACAAAAAACUCGUUAUUGGUGGUACGCUGCAACAAGGAAUAUUAUCUUGCCUUAACGAACUCGACAAAUUCUUACUUCAGAAUCGGCCGAUCGUAAGCAGUGUGGUAGUGGCUGAAAAGAAACAGAGAGCAUCUGAAUUUAAUAUCAUGGAAACUGUUGCUUCUAUUAUGAAUAUAAAAGACAUUAAAAAAUUAAGUCAAACUACAUCUCUGGCCGAACUUGGGAUAGACUCUAUGAUGGCAGUGGAAAUUAGACAAACUAUGGAACGUGACUUCGACGUGUAUCUCUCCUUACAAGAAAUACGAAGCCUCACCUUUGCAAAACUCUUUGAUAUAUCUGACACAAAGGCCAUUGUUGAAGAAACAUCUGAAGAAGCUACAUCUGAUAAGAUAAUCGAGCAAAACAUAUUUGGUAUUGUACAAAACAAAGAAUUCAUCUCUAAAAUUUUUGUAGACUUGUCGCCUAAAAACAAAGAAAGUGCUACUCAAGUCUUUCUUAUACCAGGAUUUGAUGAUUGUGGAACUAUAUUUAAUCAUUUAAAAAUGUAUAUUAAAUUUACUGCAACAUCAUUGCAUUAUAAUACAGGUGUUAUUUCCACUUGUAAUACUUUGUCAAAGAUGGUUAAGAUUCUCAAACAGAAAUUACAAGACAAAAAAGAUUUUGUCAUGGUUGGAUAUUCCUUUAGAGCUAUUCUCGCAAUAGAACUUGCAACACGAUUGGAAACUGUAGGCUUUAAAGGUCGGAUAGUUCUUAUCGAUGGUGCACCUGAUCACUUAGUGUUACUAAGCAAGCAUUAUAUAAAAUUGUAUGUAGAAUCUGCAGAAAGUAAUGAUGCAGAAAUGCAAGACUUCUUGAUGGAAUUGCAAAAGUGUAAAAAUAACGACAAAAAAUUUGAUAUUUUUGCAAAACACUUUUUAGCUCAUAACUCAAUGCUCUCGCUUGCAAAUUUGAGGACACUGUAUACAACAGUGUAUAAACAUGUACUUAUUCUUCAGAAAUAUGAUACUUCUGCUAUACCACGUAUCAAAUUGCCUAUAACUUUGCUGAAACCUACACAUUCUUCUGUGCUUGAAGCCGACGAGGAUUACGGUUUACAUAAGAUAUGUCACAAUGAUGUAACGAUACAGUACGUCGAAGGAAAUCACGUGACAAUUUUGAGAAUUUCUAAG